UAUUCCAACCGCGACAACUUCACUCAGCAAAUGGGUGUUUUGACAAUUGGAUAUUUUCACGGAGUGUUUUUUCUUCAAAUAAAUCCAAAAUAAAUGGUAUUGGAUGCAAAAUAUCCCCGAAAAUUUCAUGUAUUGCUCUCGGUGAACCCCCAAGUAUCGAUUGCCACACGGGGGAGGCGUCGGACGCGGUGAAAAGUGGAUUUUUCCGCACAACCCCAAUUUUUAUAAAUCACAGCAGAAAAAAGCCCUAAAACCAACAGAAAAAGUGCUCAAGAGUGUUCUAUGCAGAGCCUUGAGUGCUCGGGACAUGCGAAAUGCCUAAAAAGUGGAUGAAAAAGUGAUUUGUGGUGUAUUAAGGAAAAUCAUACAAUUGCAUAGAUCUACUGGGAAACUGUUAAAAACAAGAUUCAACCGAUAGUUUUCCAUAAAAGGACUUGGAUUGAGACGAAAGAGGACGACAUGGUGUAAAAAAUAGCUUUUUCCAGUGGAAAAACUGAAAAAUCCAUAAAAUUUUUCCCGUCUACUGCGACGUCUGUCAGGAGAGGAAUUUUGCCGUAAAAUCUCCCAUUCCACUAGGGUUUUUCACCCCGAAAACUCAUCCAAGGGAUACUCUGGAUCACAUUUGGGGGAGAUUGUCUUGAUGAUGAGACGAUAAAGUAAUUCAAUUACUUUCUACCUUGUAACCCGUGUUGUUGUUUCGCAAUGUCGCAUCGAGGGAAACGACCAAGUCGUUCAGAAAAUGACGGUCCGCCCCCCAUUAAGAGGCGCAAGGGGCGACCACCGAUUUCCGGUGGUGCCACAGCAGCCAAUAAUGAUGAUGAUGAAAAUGCCAAUAUGACAGCUACUCAGGCAAAUUCAUCAUCGAAAUCAGCUCAAAAUUCAGGAUCAGGUGCUGGUACAUCAACAUCCAAGAACUGGCAACUCAGACAAAUGACUGAUCUGAAGAUUUCAAGCAUCUACAAUCGCAAUGCACCAGAAGCUCCAGCUGAACUCUUUAGGCAAGUUGACUUGUAA